AUGAAAAUCCAAACUGUUGUCUUCGGUUGUGCCGUUUUGGUGUUGUCUUUGGUGCAUUACAGCGAUGCGGUUGCCUGUUCGGAUACAGUUACAACCGAUUGUACUGAUUGUACUUUGGCUGCAAAUGCGGCUGAUCCAGACUGUUUGGCAACAACCACUGUUGCACCCACUACAUUGGCGGCAGGCACCACCACAGUGGCUACAGGAGUAACCACCACCACCGUCUCAUCUGGAGCUACCACUACCAGCAGUCCUUCUUCAAAUAGGCGCUUGCUCCGUCGCAUCCGGUACCUUCAACGCAGACUGGCCCAAUGUAGAAGGCAUGCCGCCAACCAAAGAGCAGCCUUAAUUAAGCAGAUCAAGAAACUGACCGCCGCCAGCAACAAUAACUUAAAGAACAAGUUUUUCAUGGGUUAA